CCUAGGAUAACAAAACAAAACAAAUAAAAUAGAAACCUGAUUUUAUCGCAUAAUAAUUUAUUUUAAUUACUACAAGUUUUUAUAGUGCUUUAAAAUGUGUUCCUUAAUCCAUAUGUCGGUGCAGAGCUGCUUUUACGACAGAGUCGAGAUAAAUGAGUGAUGCCACGACCAAGCCUCGAACGCUGCGGCGCGUCCGAUCCAUAUACCAAGUCCAUUACGGGCUACCCAAGAUCGAACGAGAAACGGCUAGGCCGCUAGUCAUGCCGUUCGACUCCGUAAAGAUACAGGCCUAUGAGAAACAAGUCGCCGGACAUAGAGAGAGUUCAGAUACAAGGUUCCUAGGCCUCCUCCAAUGCAACAACGGCACCAUCCUCAAGCCCAUCAUCAAGGAAUGCCAACGGCGAGAGAUAGACUUCUACCAGCGACUGUCCAUCACGAAAGACCCGGAUCUAAUGGAGCUGGGUACUCUAGUACCCAAGUACUAUGGGUGCCGGCGGUUCACGUACAACACUCAUGAACAGGAGUAUAUUAUAUUGGAAGAUGUGGUGCAGAGGAUGCUUGAACCUUGUAUUAUGGAUGUCAAAAUUGGCAGAAGAACCUGGGACCAACUGGCCACAGAAGAGAAAAUCCAGAAGGAACAAAGCAAAUACAAGCUGUGCAAAGAAGAAUACGGGUUCUGCAUACCAGGGUUCCAGGUGUACCGACUGUCUACUGGGAAACUGCUGAAAUACAACAAGGACUAUGGGAAAAGGUUACACGGACAAGCAGUUAAAGAUGCCAUCCGUAACUUUUUAAACGGCGUCGGCGCCAACCUCUGCCGCGCGCUGAUCCUGCAGUUCCUAACAACAUUAUGGAAGAUACAGAAAUGGGCGUCGAGACAGACUUCAGUCAAGAUAUACUCGUGUUCGCUGCUGCUCGCGUAUGAUGCCACCAAGCUGAGGGACUGCUGCGGGGAGGGGGAUGUCCUCUCGGCCCGACCGAAAUGCCGCUCCGAGCCCGUGGGGCGCCGCAAGUCCAUACACUCCAUGCAUAGCGACUCUGGUUCCAACUUCAGCGGGCAGAUCUCUUCCAAGGGACCUGUCUAUACAAAGGUAAACUCCGUACCCCUAACCUCAAUGCAACUAGCGCAGCGAAGCUUCUCCCCCCCUCCCGCUGUCACUUCCCCCUGGAGCGAAGCGCUCGAAAAGAUCAACCACAUUCACUCCUUCGACCACAACUAUGAGGACAAACUGUCAAAGAUCAGGAUGAACUACAGAGCCAUCUUGGACCAACUGUCCGGGGAUUCCCCAAACCCCGCCCAAUGGGGGACAGUCAAGAUAAUAGAUUUCGCGCAUGCGUUCUUCAAUGAAGAAGAUGAAAUGGCGGUGGAUGAGAAUUUUAGGGACGGAAUAGACGGUUUUGUGGAGAUUUUUGAGGCGUUUUUGAAGGAGACUGAUGAUCAAGUGUUUUAA